UCGAAUCGCUCUCGCUCUCGCUCGCUGGUAUGAGCCGAUCGACACCUUCCGUCCUUCGCCGGUUGCCGGAGACCCGCGUCAUCAACCGAGAGCCGGCGCGUACGUCCCCUUCUCCAUUGGGCCACGCUGUGUCAGGGGAAGUUCUUCAAGCCAGCAGUGUCCUUCCUGGUGGCACCGGCACCGGCACCGGCACGACGCCAUCGAUCCUCUUCUUGUUCGUUGGAUGGAUGGAGGAGGGUGCGUCGGCAGGCUAAGGCCCGCCAACUGCUGGACUACGGCCCGCCGAGCCCACGCAAUUACGUGAAUGGGGAUGGAGCACCCCAAGCCGGAUGCGUGGGCAGGCUAAGGCCCGCCAACUGCUGGACUACGGCCCGCCGAGCCCACGCAAUUACGUGAAUGGGGAUGGAGCACCCCAAGCCGGAUGCGUGGGCAGGCUAAGGCCCGCCAACUACUGGACUAUGGCCCGCCGAGCCCACGUAAGAGUACGCGAAUGGGAUGGAGCACCACAAGCCUGGUCCACUAAGUAACCCUAGUCGCUCGGUAUAAAACGCUGGGCGCCGUGAUAUCCGUGUUGCUGUCCCCUCGCCGCCGACGCUCCAGCUGAGCGGUUCUUCCUCCCCAAGCCAAGUCAAGCCAAGCAGCAGCAGCCCUCCCGCCUGCUACUAGUACAAGCGAAGCACCAAGAUGAAGUAGGGCAUCCAACACCCCCUCCCCGCUUCUAAGUUUGAUUCUCAAGGUGAGCUCCAGCAUUAAGUAGGCACUGCUCUGGCUGCGGGAGAUCUAGCUUGGCCCUCCCCUGCUGCCUCCUGUCUUCCUGCGAGGCUGAUCUAUACGCAAUCUUUAAUAGGCUUGACUUCUUUAGAAUCAGUUCAUGUUAACUAUUUCAUAUCUAUAGUCAGCAUUGAAUGCGUCUCUGAAGCUUUUAGGUUGGUCUCUAAGCGUUUGGGUUGCUCGACCAUCUUCAAGAUUUAACUACAAAAGUGUUGUUUGGGGACUGCAACUUGAAUUUGAUACUCCAUCUGCCCCAUUAUAGAAUGUCAUGUUUCUACAUUACACUAGUGUUAAAAAUUAUCUCAAAUUAUUGGAUGGAUAUAUACAUUUAGAAAAAGCCUCUAUUCAUUCAAGUGUUUGAUUUGAUAACAUUUUCACCUCCAUUUCCAACUGAUGGUAUUGUUUAAUUCCUGUGCUUCUGUUUUAUCCUGUGCUUUGUAGCAACCUCUGCUUGAAGCCAAAGCUAUUUUCUUGUCCCCUUGACUAUGUCAUAUCUAUAGUUAGUAUUUGAAUGCGUCUCUGAAGCUUUUGGGUUGGUCUCUGAAGCGUUUGGGUUGCUGGACCAUCUUCAAGAUUUAUCUCCAAAGUGCGUCUGCAAGGAAACCAGAAAGUGAUGGUGUUCUAGCUAGUAGCUUGCUUAAAUGGGCCGUCCCAAAAAGAAACCUGAGGCCAAGCAAGCAGCAGGCAGGUGACGGGAUUGUCUUCUGCAGCCCUCUGUUCCUUUGCUUCUGAGUUUGAUUUUAAAGGUGUUCUAGCUAGUAUCUUGCUUCAAUGGGCCGGCCCAAAAAGAAACCUGAGUAUCUCAAAGAAAAAGCAGACAAGGCAAAGGAAGCUGCGAAGGCUUUGGCUAGGGAAAAAGUGGCGCACUUGGUGCAGUCAUCAUGUGAAGACAUACCCGUGUUUCCUUAUGGAUACAAUGCAGAAAAGAGACCUCCUGAUUGGGUGACUGCUCCAGCUGGAUUGAAUCGAGAAAAGUUUAUUGAAGAUUAUCUUUCAAAGGACUAUCUGCCAGCAAAUGCAACUCAACAACAGUUUGAGAAUCUUUACGGUCAACUUCAUCAGUAUCAUCUAUCUAUUUCUCCUCACUCAUUGGAGAGCAACAAGAAGUGCAAUAUUAGGCCAGAGAUUGUGGUUGGUGGGAAGCUUAUCCCUGAGGAGAAGCAUGAUGGAACUCCAGUAACUUCCUAUCUUGAUAAAAAUAUGAAAAAUACAUAUCAUAUAAUACGUGUGUGGGAUGCUAGGAAGAAAGGACGUUUCUUGGAGUUUCUCCGACAGAACUGUUCUGGUUACGUUUUGGCUUGGAGAGUGUAUGCGCUUCUAGUUUUGUUCAAAUCUGCAAAAUGGUGCUACUUCUCGGAUGAACCAGCUAUUGUGGUAGAUUUGGGACAUAUUUGGACAUUUGUGAUGUCUAGACAACAUUCAACAUAUUCAGUUGUGGAACAUACAAAAUUUGGAAGUGAUUCAAUGGAGGCGGGGGUUGAUGUUCUCGAUGCUGUUUAUCAGAAUGCUAUUACCAUGGAUGAGGAUACCAUGGAACCGGAUGAAGAAUCUGUGGCAGCCGUCCACUUCUUUCUUUUACUCUUGGGUGAAGCGCCGCGGUCUGAAGUUUUCAAGACAAUCAUCUUUAGCACCAUCACAACAAAGAAAGUUAAGCAAUGUCAAUCAACCGGUCUUGUCUAUGACUCGCUUGCUAAAAAUUGGAAUAAGUUGUGCAAAUGUGUGUGCCAUCUACGGCUGAUGGUAAUAGAGGCUCUCAUGGAAGCAAACUUAAGGGUUGAGAGACCAAAUGUCAUCAAACCGGCUGAACCUCAUCACACUUUGGUUGAUUUGUUUAAAGAAAUGACAAUACACAAACGAAAGGCCCAGUACAAGUGUAGCUCAAUUGCAAUGGAUGACAAACUCCGGCAAGUAUAUGGAUUAUUGAAGGAAAGAGGUGCUGAUGGCAAGUAUGUUUACAGCGAAAGUGCCUACAAAAACAUCAUGAAGUGCUUGUCUUUGAUACGGUACUCAUCUGUGGUGAUUGGGCUUAUGGUCAGAGAGAAGCCAUAUACUUAUCCCAUGUUCCUUAUUGACACUAAUGACACGUCUGUGAAGUAUGUUGCUGAUGAACUCUUGUUUUGGGAUAAGUAUAAAUCUUUCGAAAAAGAUCACAAGGCAGCUUUUGAGUCAAAAGAUCGUGUUGAAUGUGAGUGCCAAUAUUCACUUGUUAUGAGAUUUCUUCCUGAUACAACUCCGUUUCUACGGCGGUGGGGUUAUUCAGCAUCGUUAAGCAUUGAAGAAAUUAACUUGUGGUGUGACACGUUUAAAUCGAAGACUCCCAGCAUGGGUGAAGUACCAGCCGGAAAGUUUGUUAUUCGUGAGUGGAGGAAGGUGAAUUUAGAACUGGAAACCAAGUUAAAGGCUCUGAUUGUCUUCAUUGGAGAAAAUUAUCUGGGUGACUGAGGUUAGCGCAAGCUAGAGACUCCUGCGAUGCGAGCUCUUGAUGGACAGUGUUGUGUGUGUCGGUUGGCUUAUUUUGCUCUUGUUUUGGUACCAGUCCUGUUUUGGAACCACAGACAAGAAUGAAGAAUUGGCCUGCCUGCUGCUAGCGGGGGCUGUCGUGUGGUUGUUUUUUGCUGUCUGCUUGCUUGCUUGCAUUUGUAAGCAGAAGAAUGGACUCAUGUUGUCCUGCUGCUGCCACCUGUGGCAUUUUUUGCUCUCUGUUGUCUAACUCGAGUAAGGAGCAUGCAUGCUGUUGUCUCUGGUUACAAUGCUCCUUCUCUUUUUUAGUGGGAUUUGCGCUGGUGCAUUUUCUGUAGUUUAGUUUAGAUAGCAGAAGAGUAGAGUUGAUGCUGAAAUCGACAGUGAUCCUGAAAGAUUAUUCUUUUGGUGAUUUGUUUUACGGUCGUGGGGCUAACGCUUGCUUGUA